AGACGGGGCGCCGCUGCCAGAUAGCCGCCAUGAGCCUGCAGUGGACGGCGGUAGCCACCUUCCUCUACGCCGAGGUCUUCCUCGUCCUCCUGCUCUGCAUCCCCUUCGUCUCGGCCGCCAGAUGGCAGAAGAUCUUCAAGUCACGCCUGGUGGGCUUGGCCGUGGCCUACGGCAACACCGUCUUCGUCGUCCUCAUCAUCAUCCUCGUCCUCCUGCUCUUCGACGCCCUGCGGGAGACUCGUAAGUACGACGUGACAGAGCGGGUGGCCCUGCAGAGCAGCCCUGGUGCCCUCGAGCACUUCCACAUGAAGCUCUUCCGUGCCCAGCGCAACCUCUACCUGGCCGGCUUCGCCCUCCUGCUCUCUUUCCUCCUGCGCCGCCUGGUCACCCUCAUCUCGCAGCAGGCCGUGCUGGGUGCCUCCAGCGAGGCCUUCCGGAAACAGGCAGAAGGCGCCAGCCAAGCUGCCCGCCGCUACAUGGAGGACAACGAUGCCCUGCGGAAGCAGCUGCAGGAGGCAGGGGGUGAUGGGGGCAGCCCGUCUCCCUCCCAUGACGAGAACGAGACCCUCAAGGCCAAGGUGGAGAAGCUGAAAGAGGAGCUGGCAGCCAGCAAGCGCACUCUGGAGAAGGCAGAGAACGAGGUGCAGGCCAUGCGGCGCCAGGCCGAAGGGCUGACACGGGAGUACGACCGGCUGCUGGAGCAGCAUGCCCGCCUGCAGGCAGCCCAUGAUGGCCCCCAGGACAAGAAGGAGGAGUGAGGGACCAUGUCACGCUCCCCAGCCGAAGCCCCACCCACCGGACCAGGCCACACCCCUGCUUCCCCCCCCAGCCUUGGGCACAGGGAGGGGUGGGUGCAUGACUUGGACAAGGUGUUUCGAGGGACCCCCCCAGCAACAGGUCUGGGGACUCCCCUGCUCUGUGGCAGCACGCUGGGGGUAGGAGGUGGCGGUGGGCAGGGUCUGAGUCCCCCUUUGCCCCUGCCAGGGCCGGGGGCGGAUCCCUGGGUGUGGGCAGCGGGCCCCUUCACCCCCCUGCCGCCAGCUUCUGCUUCAAUAAA